AUGGUGAAGCAUACGAGAAGAUUGGGAAAUAAUGCUCGCAAAAUGCUGAGAAGAAAGAUCACAAGAACGAUUCCCGUGCACAGGAAAAAUUAUAGAAGGCUAUACUCCAGGAUUUGUUGCGGAUGUAUUCAAGCUGAGUAUACAAGAAAUCCACUUAUCGUGCGGUCCGAUUGCUUCUCCGAAAUGGGCGAGCAUAUCGCCCUCUUGCAUCCACUGCUGUCCAGCAUCAAACGCGUUUCUGCGGGUGUGGUUGGAAGAAUUCGUGAUGUCUCCACCAAUGUUAAAAUGCAGAUCUUGCAAGAGGAGUUUAUCUCAGCAAUAUUGAUGGAUAUGAAUAGCCAAGCAAUAGGUGAAUCCAGCGCACAGGUCGAGAGGACUUUGAACAGACAGAAGCAGCAGCAACUUGUGAUCUCUACUUCUCCUUUGAAAAUUGUAUCAUAG